UUGUAGGGUAGCGAAAUAGAAAGAUGAGUGGGAAAGAUACUGUAACCGAUUACUAUGAAAUACUUGGAUUAGAGAAGAAUGCCACAGAACAACAAAUCAAGAAUAACUAUCGAAAGUUAGCGCUCAAAUUUCAUCCAGAUCGUAAUCCCGGUGAUCAGAAAGCUGCCGAACAAUUUAAAAAAAUAUCGAUAGCAUAUGCAGUACUGUCAGAUCCAAACAAAAGGCGACAAUAUGAUUUAAGUGGUCCUUCCGGUGCUCUUGUUGAUUUCGAAGGAAUAGAUAUCAGCGAAAUGGGUGGAAUUGGACGAGUUUUUGGCGCAUUAUUUUCAAAACUAGGAGUACCAAUACCGACUCAAAUUGGACCGAAAGUCCUGUCCCAAGCUCGCAGUUUAUGUGAAGGAACGCCAACCGAUGCGAAAUAUACUGUUUUAAAGGAGGGUAUACCGUAUGAUGGUUCAGUUGGCAAGCAGGAAGCUGACUUUUUCAAAAUAACAAUGCAAGCACAAUGGGAAAAAAAUGGAUUAAUGGUUAUCUGUCGGUCAAUGCAAAUGAGCAAAUUCAAGUUAGUACUCUUCGACAAGGAAGGCGGUGUUCGGAUAAUUCAGGAAAGCAACAAGCGAAAAGGCUGUACAGUUGCUGAAAUAUUCUUUGUGCCAUUCAAUCGAGCUAAUUUAAGUGAAUUUAUUCCGAUGAAAUUUUACAUGGAAGAUAAAGAAACACCAUUACCAUUUCAUUUACUUGAUACAUUGGAACUAGUCGGGGCUCAUACACUCGAACAACGUGAUCAUUUCUUGUGUGUAUACGGUGAUAAUUGGAUUAAAGACGUCCGCUAUCAGCUGAAAUUUGUACCACUUAAUGAUUCACCCAUUUCAACCGAAUGCGUACGCGAUUUGACGACGACAGAAGAAGCGUUGAUUAAGAAGAAGAGUGAAAUGUCCAAAUUCCAAAUAGAAUACACUGAAACAGUUAAGAAAUACAAGGAAGUUGUGGAAAGGCUUAAAAAGGAAACCGAAGAAAUCAAUUCUCUUCUGAAGAAACGGGAUUUUGUAUACGAUGCACUUGAAAAGGAAAGUAUGGCACGAUUUAUUGCUUCAAAACAUCUAUCUCCGUCACAUUCGAACAAAGGGUUGUUCUCCUCCUGGUUUUAAAUUAUAUAUAUGGAGUUAUGUUCGGCAUUUUUAUUCGGUGUUCCAUAUGUAAAUUCCCUGAAUAUUGCAUGAUUUUUAAACUGGGAAUAUAUGACUCUGCAUCGCAAAUAAAUGAACGGCUG